AUGCCCGCGCCCCGGCUCGGCUGCGGCCUCUGCCUCGCGCUGCUGCUGCUCCUGCCCGCCGCGCCCGCCGCCGCCAGGAGGGGAGUCUGUGAUUGCAACGGGAAAUCCUGGCAAUGCGUCUUCGAUCAGGAGCUUCACAGACAGACGGGCGAUGGAUUCCGCUGCCUCAACUGCAACGACAACACUGCCGGGGUUCACUGCGAGAGGUGCAAGGAAGGCUUUUACCGGCACAGGGAAAGAGAUCGCUGUUUGCCCUGUAAUUGCAACUCCAAAGGUUCCCUUAGUGCUCGAUGUGACAACUCUGGACGGUGCAGCUGUAAACCGGGUGUGACGGGAGACAGAUGUGACCGCUGUCUGCCAGGCUUCCACACGCUCACAGACGCUGGGUGCACCCAAGACCAGAGACCACGAGACUCCACGUGUGACUGUGACCCAGCUGGCAUCGCGGGGCCCUGUGACUCAGGCCGUUGUGUCUGCAAGCCAGCUGUCACUGGAGAACGCUGUGACAGGUGUCGACCCGGUUACUACCAUCUGGACGGGAGAAACCCUGAGGGCUGCACGCAGUGUUUCUGCUACGGGCAUUCAGCCACCUGCCACAGCUCCGCAGACUACAGCGUCCAUAAGAUCACCUCCACCUUCCAUCGGGAUGUUGAUGGCUGGAAGGCCGUCCACAGAAAUGGGUCUCCCGCAAAGCUCCAGUGGUCGCAGCGCCAUCAGGACGUGUUUAGCUCAGCCCGGCGAUCCGACCCCGUCUAUUUUGUGGCUCCUGCCAAAUUUCUUGGGAAUCAACAGGUGAGCUAUGGGCAAAGCCUGUCCUUUGACUACCGUGUGGACAGGGGAGGCAGACACCCGUCUGCCCACGAUGUGAUCCUGGAAGGUGCUGGUCUACGGAUCUCGGCUUCCUUGAUGCCACUUGGCAAGACGCUGCCUUGUGGGAUCACCAAGACUUACACGUUCAGGUUAAAUGAGCAUCCAAGCAGUAAGUGGAGCCCCCAGCUGAGUUAUUUUGAGUAUCGGAGGUUACUGCGGAACCUCACAGCCCUCCGGAUCCGAGCUACGUAUGGAGAAUACAGUACUGGGUACAUUGACAAUGUGACCCUGAUCUCAGCCCGCCCUGUCUCGGGAGCCCCAGCACCCUGGGUCGAGCACUGUGUAUGUCCCGCUGGGUACAAGGGGCAGUUCUGCCAGGAUUGUGCUUCUGGCUACAAAAGAGAUUCGGCCAGACUGGGGCCUUUUGGCACCUGCAUUCCAUGUAACUGCCAAGGGGGAGGGGCCUGUGACCCAGACACAGGAGACUGUUACUCAGGGGAUGAGAAUCCUGACGUCGAGUGUGCCGACUGCCCCAUCGGUUUCUACAACGACCCCCACGACCCCCGCAGCUGCAAGCCAUGCCCCUGUCACAACGGCUUCAGCUGCUCGGUGAUGCCCGAGACGGAGGAGGUGGUGUGCAAUAACUGCCCCCCCGGGGUCACCGGUGCCCGCUGUGAGCUCUGUGCGGAUGGCUACUUCGGGGACCCCUUCGGGGAGCGUGGCCCGGUGAGGCCGUGUCAGCCCUGUCAGUGCAACAGCAACGUGGACCCCAGCGCCUCCGGGAACUGCGACCGGCUGACGGGCAGGUGUCUCAAGUGUCUCCACAACACCGCCGGCGUCUACUGCGACCAGUGCAAAGCAGGCUACUUCGGGGACCCGUUGGCUCCCAACCCAGCAGACAAGUGUCGAGCUUGCAACUGCAACCCCAUGGGCUCAGAGCCUGUACGGUGUCGAAGUGAUGGCAGCUGUGUUUGCAAGCCAGGCUUUGGUGGCCUGAACUGUGAGCAUGCGGCGUUGAGCAGCUGUCCAGCGUGCUACAAUCAAGUGAAGAUUCGGAUGGAUCAGUUUAUGCAGCAGCUUCAGAGCCUGGAGGCCCUGAUUUCGAAGGCUCAGGCUGGCGGUGGAGCAAUACCCAACACAGAGCUGGAAGGCAGGAUGCAGCAGGCUGAGCAGGCCCUCCGGGACAUUCUGAGAGAAGCCCAGAUUUCAGAAGGUGCUAGUAGAUCCCUCGGUCUCCAGUUGGCCAAGAUGAGGAGCCAAGAGAACAGCUAUCGGAACCGCCUGGAUGACCUCAAGACGACUGUGGAAAGAGUUCGGGCCCUGGGAAGUCAGUAUCAGAACCGAGUUCAGGACACACGCAGGCUCAUCACUCAGAUGCGAGUGAGCAUGGCGGAAAGUGAAGCUUCCUUGCAAAACACGAACAUUCCUCCCUCAGAGCACUACACGGGGCCAAAUGGCUUUAAAAGUCUGGCUCAGGAGGCCACAAGAUUGGCAGACAGUCAUGUGGAGUCAGCCAGCACCAUGGAGCAACUGGCAAGGGAAACUGAGGACUACUCCAAACAAGCGCUAUCGCUGGCAAGCAAGGCUCGGAGUGAAGGAGGCGGAAGCGGCAGCCUAGAUGGCGCUGUGGUGCAAGGGCUUGUGGGAAAAUUGGAGAAAACCAAGUCCCUGGCCCAGCAGCUGUCAAGGGAGGCCACUCAAACUGACCUUGAAGCGGAUAGGUCUUAUCGACAUAGCCUCCGCCUCCUGGAUUCAGUGUCUCAGCUUCAGGGAGUCAAUGACCAGUCCUUUCAGGUAGAAGCAAAGAGGAUCAAACAAAAAGCUGAUUCUCUCUCAAGCCUGGUGACCAGGCAUAUGGAUGCGUUCAAGCAUGUGCACAGCAAUCUGGGAAACUGGGAAGAAGAAACCCAGCAGCUCUUAUUGGAUGGGAAGAAUGGGAGACAGAAAUCAGAUCAGCUGCUUUCCCGGGCCAAUCUUGCUAAAAGCAGAGCACAAGAAGCACUAAGUAUGGGCAAUGCCACCUUUUAUGAAGUUGAGAGCAUCCUAAAGAAUCUCAGAGAGUUUGACCUGCAGGUUGGAGACAGAAAAGCAGAAGCUGAAGAGGCCAUGAAGAGACUCACGUACAUCAGCCAGAAGGUCGCGGAUGCCAGUGACAAGACCCGACAAGCAGAAACAGCCCUGGGCAGUGCUGCCGCCGACGCCCAGCGGGCAGAGAAGGCGGCACGAGAGGCCCUGCAGAUCUCCAGUGAGAUCGAACAGGAGAUAGGGAGUCUGAACUUGGAAGCCAAUGUGACAGCAGAUGGAGCCUUGGCCAUGGAAAAGGGACUGGCCACUCUGAAGAGCGAGAUGAGGGAAGUGGAAGGAGAGCUGGCAAGGAAGGAGCUGGAGUUUGACAUGGACAGGGACGCGGUGCAGACGGUGAUUGCCGAAGCCCAGAGAGUUGACACGAGAGCCAAGAAUGCUGGAGUUACGAUCCAAGACACACUCAACGCGUUGGAUGGCAUCCUACACCUAAUGGACAAGCCUGGCAGUGUGGAUGAAGAGGGGCUGAUCUUACUGGAGCAAAACCUUUUCCGAGCCAAGACCCAGAUCAACAGCCAACUGCGGCCCUUGAUGUCAGAGCUGGAAGAGAGGGCGCGCCGGCAAAGGGGCCAUCUCCGUUUGCUGGAAACAAGCAUAGAUGGGAUUCUGGCUGAUGUCAAGAACCUGGAGAACAUUAGGGACAACCUGCCCCCAGGAUGCUAUAAUACUCAGGCUCUUGAGCAACAGUGA